AUAGCAACAUCAAGGUUGUCGCUAUUGUGGGGGUCGGCGGUAUUGGCAAGACCACCCUUGCCCAGAUGAUAUUCAACAACGAAACAAUCAAGAACAAGUUUGACAUAAAAAUAUGGUUGAGCAUUAACAAGGACUUUGAUGAGGCUGAGCUAUUGCGGACUAUCAUUUCUGAAGCUGGAGGUAAUCAUUAUGGUGAUAAACAACUGUUCCUGCUACAGACAAACCUCAUCACUACUCUGUAAGCGAAGAAGAUCCUUCUGGUCAUGGAUGAUGUCUGGAGCGACAAAGUAUGGAAUGAUUUGCUUAGAGUCCCAUUGGCUAAUGCCGCUGCUCGAGGUAGUAGGAUCCUUGUCACCACAAGAGAUAUAAGGGUAGCACGGGGUAUGAAAGCCUUGCACCCUUACCACCAUGUCAACAAGUUAGAGCCAGAGGAUGCUUGGUGUUUGCUCAAAAACCAGGUUGCCUCAUUUGAGACAGAUGAGAUCACGAUUGAGACACUAAAGGAUAUUGGGAUGGGAAUUAUUGAAAGAUGUGAUGGUUUACCACUAGCUGUCAAAGCAAUUGGAGGACUACUGAGCCAAAGAAGCAUCAACGGAGACGAGUCGGAUAAAAUACUUAAAAAUCCUUCAUGGUUAGUUAAGGGAUUUCCAGAAGAUGUACACCAUGCAAUAUACCUAAGCUAUGAAGAUCUGGUUCCUCCUUUGAAACAAUGCUUCAUGCACAUCUCACUUUUUUCUAGAAAAAUUGAGAUCCACAGAGCUAUGGUUGUUAACAUGUGGAUUAGUGAAGGAUUUUUUCAUGGAAGCUCAAAUGAACAAGAAGAACUAGGCAAAGAGUACUUUAAUGAAUUAAUAUCGAGGAAUCUUAUAGAGCCAGAUCACAAGUAUGCUGAAAAAUCAGCUUGCACAAUGCAUGAUGUUGUUCGCUCAUUUGCUCACUAUAUUUCCAGAGAUGAAGCAUUGGCAAUUCAUGAGGUGCCGACUAAUUUUGGUGAUCUUGAUUCAGCCAAAAUCCGUCGUCUGUCUAUUGAAAUCAGAGGGUCAGGGUCAAAUAAAUUAGACUGGAGCGUCAUACAAAAGCAUAAGUCACUGAGAACAUUGAUAUUAGAUGGUUGCAUCAUGUUUACGCCCCAUGAUUCUUUGAGUUGCUUUUCGAGACUACGGACACUCUACAUAGUAGGUGCAAGAAUUGGUGAAUUGGUUGACUCUCUAUGUCAACUCAAGCACCUGAGGUUUUUGCGCUUGGUAUCUACGGAUAUAUCUAGAUUGCCUGAGGGAAUAGACAAGAUGAAAUUUUUACAAUAUAUUACCCUUCGGAAUUAUGAAAAAGUGUACAAAUUCCAAGUAGUAUCCUAAAACUAAGGCAGCUAAGAUGUCUUGACUUUAUGGACACAGAAGUAAGUGGUGUGCCUAGGGGGUUUGGUGGGCUAACAAAUUUGAAGGAAAUACUUGGUUUUCCAGCUCACAUGGACACAACUGGUGCUUCAUCAAAGAAAAAUGAUUGGUGCAGUUUGGAAGAGCUGGGAACCAUAUCUCAACUCAGAUGGCUUGAAUUAAACAAAUUGGAGAAUGUAUCUGCAAGCUUUUUUGCUACAAAGGCCAGACUUGCUAGCAAGGAACACCUUACCACUCUGAAGUUAGCAUGCACCCGGACCCAUCUACCAGACACCCGUGUGUUGUUUGAUGAAGCCAUCUCGAGGGACAAUCAACAGAUCAUUGAGGACGUAUUUGAUGAGCUUUGUCCUCCGCCAUGCUUGGCCUCUCUGUCCAUCAAAGGAUAUUUUGGGUGUCGACUCCCCCGCUGGAUGAUGUUCCCGACAUCAGUGGCGCCUCUCAAAGGUCUGAAAUCCCUAUUCCUCCAGAACUUGGCUUGUUGCAUCCAACUGCCCGAUGGCUUAUGCGAGAUCCCCUUCUUGGAAUUCAUACAAAUCGAUCGAGCUCCAGCCAUCACUCAUGUUGGACCUACAUUCGUGCAGGCACAACACCACCAUCAUUAUUCCAGUAGGCUGCUCACAUUUCCCAGACUCCAGAAGCUGCUUUUCUUGGAUAUGAAGGAGUGGGAGGAGUGGAAGUGGGAGGCGAAAGCCAAUGUGCAAACCAUGCCACUCCUAGACUCACUCCUUAUCCACCGUUGCAAAGUGAGGUCUCUUCCACUUGGCCUUACCUUCCAUGCUACGUCUUUGAGAAAACUAGAGGUGUCCGAAGUUGAGCACCUGAAGUCCUUGGCUAGCUUUACUUCUGUCACCGAUCUAGAGGUGGAGGACAACGACGAUCUGGUGAGGAUUGUUGAUCUCCCCGUGUUGCAGAAGCUUUCCAUCACUCGCUGCCCGAAACUAAUGGAGUUGGAGGGUAUGCCAGAACUCAUUAGCCUCAAGCUGAAGGAUUACUACAUGGAUACACUACCAGAAUAUCUACGACAAGUAAAGGCAAGGCAGAGCUGGAGCUGGACUGCAGCUUCGGUCUGCUCACUUCGCUAACCUUGGUGAACACUGGGCCAGAGUGGGGGAAGAUCGAUCGGCCACAUCCAACAAGUGAAGGCAUAUGCAAAGGAUGGAAAUAGGAAGAGGGGAUGGCACUUCCUGUACAAAGCAGAUCCCAACAACAUAGACACAAAUAUUAGCCAGCAUUACAGUUCAAAAGAUAAAUUAAUGCAUUUAAUAACUGCAUCGUCUUAGUUGGCUCA